CGUGGCUCCGACAUGGCCCGGCGCACCAGGGGCGCGCGGCUGCUAUCCCGCCUCCUGCUCCUCACGCUGCUGGCUGCCAGCGUCGCCCCGCUCGGCUGGGAUCUGCCCGAGCCCCGCAGCCGAGCCAACAAAAUCCGGGUACACCCGCGGGGCAACCUUUGGGCCACCGGUCACUUCAUGGGCAAGAAGAGUCUGGAGCUGUCCAGCCUGUCCCCCAUAGGGUCAGCACCCCAUACCUCCCUGGGGGACCAGAGACUGCCGCUGAGUCAUGAUCUACACCGAAUCCUCCUGCUAAAGAAAGCCCUAGGCAUGAGCCUCGACCGCCCUGCACCCCACAGCCAGUACAGAAGGCUAACCGUGCACAUGCUGCAGAAGUGUGAUGCCAGGAUGGCGCAGGCCAACAACAUGGCUUCGACGGCACCCAGUCCUGGAAGUCACUGAAUGGAACCCUAGUACAGCAGUGGCCACAUCAGGAUAGAAGUCCUGAGCUCAGAUCUGUUGCUCUGGUACCAGGAUUUCUGGGUGUAUCACUGGAAAUGCUGCAAGAUGCAGACACAAAUUUAUGUUCUUGUUUCUUGCUUCCUAAUGAAGUUGUGAAUAAAACCCUGCUCUUUA